AUGCCUGCCUACCACUCAGUCUUCCUCGAUGAGCCCAAUCAGCAAUUGAUUGGCAACUUUGCCCUCCUUCCUCUUCGCACACGCACUCGUGGGCCCGCUGUCCAAUUGCCUGCUCUGCCCGCAGACGUCACCGAGCUCACCAUUGAAGCCUCACACGAAUCAUACGACCCCCUAGACGAAGUCCUCGCUCUAUUCCGCGCCAACACAUUCUUCCGCAACUUCGAGAUCAAGGGACCAGCCGACCGUGUGCUCAUCUAUGGCAUCCUCUAUGUGAGCGAAGUGCUGGGCAAGAUCAAGCCCAGCAUGAGCCGGAGAGAAGCUGAGAAGGCCGUCAUGAACUCCGCUCUUGAUACAAACUUUGCAAUUCCUGGUGAUGCUGGAUUCCCACUGAACCAGGCUUUCGAAGCGCCUCCAGACAGGAACUCUGCCGAAGUGCUGCGACAGUACAUCAUGCAGAUGCGCCAGGAGUUGGCAACACGGUUACUCAAUAGGGUAUACGCAGACGAUACCAACACUCCUAGCAAGUGGUGGCUGAGCUACACAAAGAGAAAGUUCAUGGGCAAGGCUUUAUAG